UCUGACGUUGACAAGCUGAUGAAACUGUACAACUGUGCCAACACCGGAGAGAUCACGACGGAGGCGCCCAUCACGCACAUCACCACAGACACUUGCACGGACAACAACCAGUUCUGUGACACCUGGGCAGCGAUGGGCGAAUGCAACAAGAACCCGACCUGGAUGAACGUCAACUGCAAAAAGGCGUGCAAACAGUGUGGCAAGGAGUGUCCCGACCACAACGAGCACUGCUCCUACUGGGCGAGCAAGGGGGAGUGCGUGAAGAACGCCGCUUACAUGGGUCGCUUCUGCAAGAAGUCCUGCGGCUCCUGCCAUUCCGCCGACGAGUUCAAGAAAGACACCUGCGAAAACAGCCACAAGCACUGCGAGGCCUGGGCCACGGACGGGCAGUGCCGCUCCAACCCGAACUACAUGCUGGUCUGGUGCCGCAAGUCUUGCAAGCAGUGCUGAUCUUACCAGUGCCUUGCGAGACACCGGGAGUGCUGUGGCGUCACCUAAUCCCCUUUAUUGCCUUUUUUAUAUUCCCUGUUUGCCAUCCUCUCGCGCCCUUACUGACAGAGACAUGCCAGGGGCCCCCGUUCUCCGUCUUGGACCCGUCACUGACUAUAUGGACUGUGUGGCCUUUGAAAAUGUUUGUCUUCUUACCAGAUAUUGUUGUCAUAUAAUAAACAGUUAUCCUGCA